GAUGUAUGUACAGUUGGAGGCACUUUGCGCUUGAUUUCGAAUAAUUUCAACGGUCAACGGCAGUAGCAAGUUUCUACUUACAUUCCGGAGAGACCACGAAAUUAAUUGAAAAAUAUGUUCUAUCUCGUCGACCUACUUUCCCACCGUCGCAGGGGCAAAUUGGCCCCUUGCUGGCUCGCUGCAACGCUCAGCCAGAAAUUAUUUAAGAGACAUUAUAAUUCCGAUGCGAUAAAGAAGCUAGACGUCAUAAGAAUUUCUGAAGAGAUUUUAAAGAUAAUCCAGCAGCGCGGCGGCGCAAGACAGAGAUUCAGCUUGUACCUCUCAUCGCAAUUGCUGUGGGGUAUCAUUAAGAUUCAUCAGUAUCAGAUAACAUGCUAUCAAAAAGAUAUUUCAAUGGUGUUGCAAACACUCGACGAGCUUUCGAUAGAGGAGGACUUCGAUGUGGUACAAAUUCUCGAUAUCACAAUGGAGUUGCCUGUGGCAAAUGAGAAUUUAUUACCGGAUCCCUCGCGCGAAGAUCUGCACCUUCUUCCGGAAGAUGUCGAAUCGCAAAUGAUGUGACAUGCAAAAUGCAGACGACAACAGAAACAGAGACGUCAGCGAAAUCGCAGAAGAGGCCCAUCGAGAGAUACAGUCGCCUCGGGGAAUCCUCAGGUAUCCUUCGGUACUUGCGCAUGGGUCGACAAGUAAAUCGA